AUGUUCAAGGCAUUCCUCUUGUCCUGUGUGGCACUAACUUUCACCCUCAUUGCAGACGGGGCACCCACUCGGCAACCGCUGCAGCCCUUACAGGACGAUCUGAUGGAGCUCCAACAGAUUAUCAAGGGACUGUCAGAAACGGAUCGAGAAAACAUAAUGCAUAUUCCAAUCAUCUUACCCAAGAUUAUACCUCCUUUUAUUAGUGCACUUAUGCUUCCUGUGACUAGGACUCUCACAAUCUUUAACUACUUCAAAGAUAUCAUCAUUCCUGAGAUUAUCACUUUCAACGUUAUACAGGCUCAGGACCCUCAGCAAAAAAAGGCAGCCCUCAGAUGUUUUGUUACAGAGCUGAAACCUUUAGUAACAUUUUUAAAAGGCUUCAUCAACUUAGAUCAAGCUAUCUUAAACAAGACCAAUCAGUUGCUUCAAAAUAUCGAGGCAACUACUACUGCUCUUUUGGAGAACUCGACGGCAACUAAUGUGACCUGCUCAAAUGAUGUCGAGAAGAACAGCAGUGAAUUUCUGGAUGCCUGGAUCACCCUCUGUCACAGCAUUUCUAACGCAUAA